AUGACUCACUUUUCUACCAAUUUGAAGUUGGAUGAGAUUGGUCGCGUGGUUUCGGUUGGAGAUGGGAUUGCACGUGUUUAUGGAUUGAACGAGAUUCAAGCUGGUGAAAUGGUCGAAUUUGCCAGCGGUGUGAAAGGAAUAGCCUUGAAUCUUGAAAAUGAGAAUGUGGGGAUUGUUGUCUUUGGUAGUGAUACGGCUAUUAAAGAAGGAGAUCUUGUCAAACGAACUGGAUCUAUUGUGAAUGUUCCUGCGGGAAAGGCUAUGCUAGGGCGUGUGGUCGACGCCUUGGGAGUACCUAUUGAUGGAAGAGGAGCUCUAAGCGAUCACGAGCGAAGACGUGUCGAAGUGAAAGCCCCUGGGAUUAUUGAACGUAAAUGCUGUGCACGAGCCUAUGCAAACGGGCGAUUGGACGAAACGUUCAACUGUGGCACGAUUAGUUCAAAUUCUUUCGAAGCGAAUGCUUUGGAAUAUUCCAUUCUUGUAGCGACCACCGCUUCGGAUCCUGCUCCUCUGCAAUUUACGGCCCCAUAUUCUGGUCGUGCCAUGGGAGAAUAUUUCCGUGAUAAUGGAAUGCACGCAUUAAUAAUCUAUGAUGAUCUUAGUAAACGAGCAGUCGACUUAUCGACAAAUGUCUCUUACUAUUACGAAGACCACGCGGUCGUGAAGCUUAUCCGGGAGAUUCGCGUCGGGUCUGUUGCUCGAUUAAAAGCUAUGAAAAAAGUAUACGGAAGUUUAAAACUAGAAUUGGCACAAUAUCGAGAAGUCGUCGCCUUUGCUCAAUUUGGAUCGGACGCCGAUCCCGCGACUCAAGCAUUACUCGAUAGAGGAGCAAGGCUCACGGAAGUACUAAAACAACCACUGAUAUACACCACUACCAAUUGA